CCGGACACUUUAGCCCGUCGGACCCGCUCAGGAAGCUCGUCCCAGCUGUGACCUGCUGAGUUUCCCUCAGUAACAUGGAGUCGUAGCGGAGAAGAGGAAUCAUGAUCAACUUCAAGCUGCUGCAGAAAAACAAGACGAUCAGAUAUGGAGUCCCGAUGCUCCUGCUGGUAGUUGGAGGUUCCUUUGGCCUGCGAGAGUUCACACAACUGCGAUAUGAUUCCCAGAAGAUCAGGGGAAAGCUGGAUCCUUCACUGGAGGCUAAAGUCAACGUGGAGAAGCAGCCGGUGAUGCUGGAGGAGCAGUACGAGAGGCUAAAGGAGAAGAAUUUGGACGGGUGGAGGAACAUCCGUGGUCCUCGUCCCUGGGAGGACUCGAGGGACUAUCAGGAGCAGCAGCGAACCCAGCAGAACAAACAGGACUGAGGCUCCGUGAGGCCAGGCAGCGCAGACUGCUCACUGAAAACACGCCACAGCAGGACGGACCAGACAAGAAUGGACGGCGUCUGUGGCGAAGAUGCCGCAGAGACCCAAUUAUCCCAGAUGCCACAACUUCAGGGCACGGGCUCAACUUGUUUCUUUUGCUUGUGUUGGACUUGAAGCUUUGGACAUGUGCAUUGUUGUGGUCUCCUCUGCUUGUUCAGGGCUGCUUGUGGUUAAAUCUAUACCACAUGAGCUUAAAACCUUGAAACAAGUUCAAGGUUGGCUUUAAAUUUAAAGAAAUAUGCACUGAUUCGUGAAAUUUAAAGCAACACUAUGAAACCUUAAAACUUCAGCCUCUAAAUGAGUUUGACGGCUUAGUGACUGAAUAUGGAGAACGAUUCCCACUCCUCACCCUGAACAUCUGCUCCCGCUCUGGGUAACUUCUCCUGUGAGAAGUGUGGAACUGACUGAUAAGUCGCAGCUUUAAUUGUUCAAUUUGCUGAACUGUAGAUCGGUUAAAAAGACUUAGACUCAUUAAAAACCAGGAAACUAUUAAUAUAUGACGAAUUCUACUCGAGUUUGGUGAAUUUGCGACAGCUCUUCUGGAGCCGGGAAUCCUGGGUAAUAUCCACCGUUACAUAGCGUUGCUUUAAUUCACAAAAGUCACCUGUUGAUUGGCGUCUGAUGGGGAGUUUGCAAUAACAACAACAACCAGUAGGUGGCACAUCUGAGUCUUUCACAGUUGAAAGGUGGGAACUUUACACCUGUAUGUCUAUAUACAGGUUUAUAUAUUAUAUACAUAUUUGAUUUCUUUUCUCAAUAAAUUAUUGCUAUUCAUCCCAAAUCAUGACUUUAUUUUAUAUUUUAUUCAUGUUAAAAGCUCGUAGAUGUGUUGAGUCACCAGUUUAAAGUAUGAAAGAGUAAGUAGCAACAGUCCGGCCUCUUCAGGCGUCGCAGGUCUCGACAGUGAUGUGGUUUUCUGACAGUUAUUACUUUGCGACCCGAUGGAUUUAUUACGUUUACAAUGGAAAUUGUAUCACAUUCGUGUUUCCUUCCUGCUUCUUUUGCCUCAUGAGACAAAAGGUUUUUGUUGUUUGCUGCAAUGUCUUCAUCAGUAUGUAUAAGAUCUGUUUGUGUGAGUGACACAUGACGUAUAUACAGCCGCACCUCGCUCAGCUCGGGAAACAGGGACAUAAUAAAUACACUUAAGUUGCUGAA